UUAACCCACCUCCUCUCUGCCCCUCUUCCAGAGUCAAACUGCACUUACUUCAAAUUCUUCACCUCAGGGGAGAACGCCGUCAUCUUCAAGAAGACAACGACGAAGAGUCUCAAUAUCUCCGCCUCAAUUCUGUCUCUGCUGAGCAUCACCAUGAUGGUCAUGGGCUCUAUCUGUAUCACAAUGGCGCUCAGUAAAGGGGUGGAGUUUCUGCUCAAACCAGCGUCCUUCUGCUUCAUUUUGUCAGGUGUGUGCGCAUGCUUGUGCAAGUGAAUGGGCGUUCUCGUGUGUGAGUGUGCAAGCCUGUGAGCGUGUCAGGUCGACCACUCCGUCCCUCUUCAUCACGAGCUGUCCUGGUCCGUGGCCUGUGUGGGUGCUGCGGGGGCUAUUCUGAUCUUGGGCGGAGUGUGUUUCCUGCUGCUGUCGCUGCCCACCAGCCCCUGGGAGCGCUGCCUGAGCAAGCGGAGCACCACCUAGUGGCCCGGAGGUCCUCCUGCAGCCAGCCACACGAACAAGCACAUGAAGAAAGACAAGCGCGCGCGAUAUAUAUGUAUAUAAACACACACACGCAUCUGGGCUUUGCUGAACACAGACGCUCACAGACACGGCGAGAGACCUGAUACGACGUAACUGGCGCGUUCAUCCGCGAUCAGGAAGCUACUGACUCUUGGCGAAACCUCCAAAACUACCCCCAGCGGUAAAGGAUCAGGGUGGAGACUGUGGCAGGGGGCGCUCGCAC